AUGUCAUUUGGUAGACCAGGAUUCGCAGAUACAUUCAAAGUCUCACCUCCUCAGAGGGGUUCUUUCCCUUUAGAUCAUGAUGGUGAAUGUAAAGAAUUCAUGUUAUCGUAUCUGAAAUGUCUUAAGUUACAUUCAAACGAUAAUGGGAGAUGUAGAUUACAAUCUAAAAAGUACCUAGAAUGUAGGAUGGAUAACGGCCUCAUGACGAGGGACGACUUCAGUAAUCUCGGAUUAGGCGAUGUCGACAAUCCGAAUCCGACUGCUCCCAAAGCUGAAGCUACCACAUCGAUAUCUUCGAGCUCAUCUCCAUCGUCACAUCAGAACACACCUUCUUCAAGCACUCAACAAGAGAGGAUAUAG